GAUUGAGGUAUCAGUCUGUGACCUUUGGCACGGCACCUCAAGCACGGCACCUCAAGAGACCAAGUCUGGUUCGUACAUCUACUCUGGAAGCCCAAGUGGAUUCCAUGAGUGGGAGUUCAGGAGACAAAGAGAACAGAGCGAUCCUGGAAGCCCUGAAGAUGGACAAGGUGGAUAAGAUGGAUGAGCAGCUGUCAGGAGAGAUUGAUUCCCUGAGAGCUGAAUUGGUGCAGAAGGUGUUGGAAGGCUUGAAAGGCGACGCUUACUUAGCAGCUCAGGAGCUUGGAGUCGAAUGGUGGCGCCAAGUGAAAGAGCUUGAUUCCAACAUGCUGAUUUCCGAUCGGAUGUGUGCCAAGCUUCUCAUAGAAAGCGCUGGCUUGACCAAGAAGGAGACUUGGCAUGAGCCAGAGGAAUAUCACGGAGAAGGUGGGUACGAAGAACAUUACGAUGAACAUGGGUACAUUGCCCACCAAAAUGGAUCUGAACAGUCCACUGGGUGGGACUACUUCGAAGAUGAUGACACCGCAGUUGCCUUGGUCGCCAUGGCUGAAUGUGACCAUGAUGUGAUCCUGCCCCAGAGAUCCACGCCUGGUGUUGGAUAUCUUGCAAUCAGUGAUGAAGAGUCGUCUGCAGGUGAUUUCAGCAUGGUCAGCGACAACGGUGAGGACCGAGCACGUCGAACCCGUGUCUCAGCCUCUGCACAGGGAGUCAGAAGUGAAAGCUUGCCUGAUGGGUUGAUGGUGAAUCCCAUGAAGCCAACCCGUGCAUGUUGCCUUUGGAUGCCUUUGGAAGCAGAAGCUAGGAGAAGACGUCAAUUGGGGAGAGACAUUGCAACACUUCCUUUAUCUGCAAUUGACACCACUGAAAGUUUGAUCGGAUCUGAGAAGGAAGAGGUUUGUUUGGACCAAGAUGGAGCAUACCAUAUGAUGACCGUUUUCCAACAAGAUCUUGACUUGGAGCUGCAGUCCGGAGAGCCUGUGUGUGCUGCCGUUGUCUCCGAGAUCCUCGCCAAUGCCAUUGAGGCUGUCCAAGAGGCAGGCCCUGAGCACUGCUUUAUAGCAGUAGCUUUGCCGCCCAUGGAUGAUCAGAUUGUUGGACCUGCCUUGCGUGUGACUGACAUUUGGAAUGAUGAAGGUGUUUGGGCAGUUUUGGAUGAAGAUUGCAAUUCAACUGUUUGUGGUUCUGAAUGGAUGUCACGAGCUGUUGAAGCAUAUGUUGCCUUGGGGUAUGAUGUUGUGAAGGUUUCAGAUGAGGCCAAACCUUUCAAAGGUCUUCCAGGAAUCCUGAAGGGUUUCUUUGCCACUACGGAGAGCCAAGCUGCUUUGGUGGAGAUGCGUCGCAUUUUGGUGGAGACGAAAAAGAAUGUUGGCAUGGUGGUUUACUGCAACAAGAACCGUCACCGCUCUGUUGGAGUGAGUUGGAUGCUUGCAUCAGCCUAUAGUGUGAUCACAGGGGAUGAGAUCAGUGUGGCUCAUGCCACUGUCAGAGAAGCAGCAAAUAUUUGCGUGCAAGCACUGGUUGACUCGUACCUGAACGAGAAACCAGAUGAAGCUACACUGGCCAGAGUACGCCGAGAGAUGUUUGAGAUCAAGCCAAUACCAACGAACAAGGUUGCGCAAAAGCCUGGUUCGCAUGGAGCACUAUGGAGCGCCUGUGCUCAAGCGCGCCAAGGCAGAGGACAAGCAGACUUCCAAGGCUGGUUCAAGGCACCACCUGUCAGAGUGGUGACCACGAAGCAAGCACCGCCUGAGGUCAAGAAGCCGCCACCGCCUCCUCCGCCAAGAGAGGACAGAGCUCUGCACCCUGGCUAUGCAUUGUCAAGGGCAUCGAGCAUGAGUGCCGGACGUCGAGAUGACCCGCCUCUGACGCCUGAGCUGCUUGAGACCAUGAAGGCAAUGCAGAAGCAGUUGGAUGACCUGAAGAAGGAGAAGGAGGCAUGGAAUCGAAGAGCCCAAGUUGGUAAGACGCCUGUGGAGUUGCUGGACGAGCUGUACUUCGCCGAGAACAAGGGCUGGAUUUUCAAGGCAUUUUUUUGCCUGAGGAUUAUGAUCUUUGCACCCGGUGAUGCACUCACCAAGGAGGUUGAUGAUGAUCUUGGAGAAGCAGGCAGUGGUGAUGGAGGUGCUGGCUUUGGACAUCCAAUGGAUGAUCAGAAGGAAGACGGUCAUGAAGAGCCCGGUGAUGGAGGAGAACUUCCAGAUGAUGACCAGAACAUCAACGACCCUCCUCCAGAAGCAGGGAACGCAACCGAGUAUCCUGCAGAAGAAGGUUCCGCAAUGCUUGGUGUUCAGUUGCCGGUUGACUUCGACAAGCAGUUGACUGUGCAGCCACCUGGCCAAGAGAUCGUUCUGAUUUUGACAGCGUUGGUGAGCCAGACCCCACUGGACUCACGUCACAUGGUUGUUUUGAAGGAUUGCCAUUUACCUUGGAAAACCCGUGAUGAAGUUGAGACCCUGGACAUCCAGGAGGAUUUGGCAAAGACACGCCCAGCUGCAGAAGACUUUCAAGAGGAGAUCUUGACUUCGGAUAAGUCUGGUGUUGCCCCCACAUGUUUUGAAGAUCCCAAAGGAACCAUCGAUGAGCAGAAGCGAAGAGCACCGUGGAGAAGACUCCCACAGCGCAUGCACAUUGCCAUUAGGCCCACUGCAAGUGGCAAAGUGGAGCGAUCUGAGGGGAUCAUGGAGGCUAUGCUUCGAAAGAUUGUGAAUGACACAGAAGCCGCAGGAGAAAAGGACUUUGCCGUGUGCUUGCAUGAGGCCUUGGUCAUCAAGAAUCAGAUCGCAAGGACCCAUGGGUAUAGCCCAGCACAGCGGGUACUUGGCAAGACCCCAAGGUUACCAGGCAGCGUGACUGACCUGGAUGAAGCCGGUAACCUUGGUGUACUUGAAGAUUCACUGGAUCCAUCAGCCCGUUUUCAUUUGAACCGUGCAGCCAGAAGGUCAGCCCAAAGCGCAUUUGUGCACCUAGACACGUCUUGGCGCAUCCAAAGAGCUUUACUGCGAAAUGCAGCUGUACAGGACAAAACCUUCAAGGUCGGAGAUCUUGUGGUGUACCGCCGCGACAACCAAGUCGGUGUUACCGUUUUGGAUGCCAAAAACAAGAUGAGAUCAGCAGAUGAAGCCGAGACCCUGGCAUACUCACUGCUGAACAACAUCCCAGUUUUGCCUGUAGUGAUCGUGUCUGGCCCCCAACAGCAAAAGUACCUGAGAGUUGCCGACGAAGCUCCGUCGAGCUCAGCUGCAGGAAGUGGCCGUGGACAAAAGUGCGAGACAGAAGACAUCUUGGAACCUUCGGAGUUCGAAAGCAAAGAUAAGACGGGCAAGUCUGCCCGAUCUGCUCCCAAGACAUCAGGAGCACUGGAGGGAGGUGUCAUGAUGGCAGAUGUGGAAACGAAAGACCACUGGAGAAUCAGCAUGGACCGGUUUCACCUCUUUCAAAAGGGCACAAGACCCUUUCCUCGCCAUGGCUUUGCUCGAAGCUGCUGCUGGAGAGGAUUUUGCAAGUUUUCCGCGUUCGCUGCCCAACGUGUGGGUCCCGAUGCCGCUGCUGCAACACACGAAGGCAAGAUCGCUAAAACUUUGAACAUCAACGACGUCAAUGGGAAGACCCGUAAGGGAAUGCUGGAAGCAAGGCAGAAGGAAUGGAACAAAUACCGAUCUUUCAAUGCCACUGUGGUUGCGGCUCCGAUGACGAGGUUGCUGCUAAUGGCCUCGCCUCGCGGAGGAUUGACGAUGAUUGAUGCUGAGAUCCCGGAGGAGCUUGCUGCUAUGAUCUGCACUCAUGUGGAUGACCUGCUCUUCGCCUACACGGACGAAGGACUGGCAUGGGUGAGCCGAUAUGGACGGCCAGAUCUUGCUUACCGCGUAAAUGAACUUCAACGUUGUUGCCAUUCCAAAAGCACAGUUCAAAGCCUGAAGGACGCCAAUCAAGUUGUGGAACUCGCUUUGCAGGGAAGUGACUUCAAAAUCACUUUCCAGACUGACUGGAUUGAUUGGAACGAUCUUGCGGUCCUUACCUUUUCUGACGCCAGCUUUGCAAAUGAAGCUGAGUUCAAGAGCCAACAGGGACGUAUCCAUUCCAUCACGUCUCGGAAUGAUGUGAAAUUGGGUGAGCACAAGUUUCACCUGAUUGGAUUUGGAUCGUCGCAAGCUCUGUGGAUCAAUGGUGAGAAAGCAUGUGAGAAGUAUCACCCAGCAGGA